AUGUCCCUCAUAACACCCGCCAUCUUUUUUCUUGCAGCUUUGUCUGGAAGCUAUCUAUUUUCAUUUAGAGCACGUCGCUCAAGAGCUCAUGGCCUUACCCGUGAUCUUAUGUCAAGCUCUCGAUCGCGAGGGUUUGAUGAUUAUGAUUCCGCAGAGGAGGAUGAUUUCGCUGCAGACGCGCAGUCGCGAAAUCUAAUCUAUGACUCUGGCGAAGAAGAUGACUACCUCAUGGUAUUUGACAAACCUCAAUUCCGAACACAAUUCGGAGUAGGACCUGGUGCUGCCGUGCGCGGAUAUCCUAGCUAUGGAGGAAUCUAUGUGCUCCAUUGCACUGCUGUCGAACUUGACUUUUUAAAUCUAGACCGAUUCCACAUCGCCAUGAGAUCUCUAGAUCAAGCAGAUGAAGAUAUCCAUUGCGGUAAUAUGCGCAAACUCGGAGCUACGUGGUGGGAAAGCGAAGAUGCAUACAGGAGGAAUUUCAUGAGCCCAGAUAGAUACAAUCAACCGGUCGUCUACGUUGGCUGGCCCGCUGGUGGUGGUGUCUGGGUUCUGAGAACAACACACGGAGACGCGUCGUCGAGAGGUAUCGGCAGAAUCAACAACACUUACAACAUGGAGGAACGUUGCCGUUUAAUCAAACAAUUAGGCGGAUCCUACUACGAACAUCCGGAAGACGGCGUAAACCUUGUGUUCUAA